AUGGAUGCCGCCAACUUCGCCAUGAGCAGAUUCGAUGAACGGGAACUCCCGGAAGGUUUCAGAAUCGAAGCCAGCAAGACUCAACAAGAUGACUGUAAAAUGUUCAUCGGUGGGCUCUCCCGUGAUCUCAGUAAGCGCUCUGUUAUCGAAUACUUGGCUCAGUUUGGCGAGAUCAUAGAUUUUAUGAUUAAAACUGAUCCAGACACUGGACUAUCGAGGGGGUUUGGUUUUGUGCUUUUCCAAGAUAGUGCCACUGUUGAGAAGGUGCUCCAAGUGAAAGAGCACCAAUUGGAUGGCAAGAAAAUAGAGCUUAAGAGGGCGAAAGCCUUGGAGUCUCAGCCGCCCCCAAGAAAGGUUUUCGUGGGUGGGUUGAACCCUCGCAUGCCUGAAGGAAAAAUUAGAGAGUAUUUUGGCACAUUUGGAGAGAUCGUGAACAUUGAGCUUCCAGUGUGCCCCAGAAAAAACGAAAGACGAGCCUUCGGCUUUAUCACAUAUACCGAUGAAAUCCCAGUGAGGAGGCUGUUAGAAACCAGAUUCCACUUCAUUGGCUCCUGCCGGUGUGAAGUUAAGACGGCACUCCCCAAAGAGCAUCCCCGACCCCAGCGCAAGGUGGGAAGAGAUACUCCUGGUGCUGGGUCAGGCAACCGCUGGAGAAGAGGUGGUGGCUUCCAAGCCAACCCAAAUGCUCACAGAGCAAACCUAGGGGCUCAGAGGGCAACCCAAGAUGUUUUCCAGGCAAACCAGAAUGCAAACCAGAAUGUUUUUGGAGUAAACCAGAAUGUUUUUGGAGCAAAUCAGAAUGGUUUGGGGAUGACCCAAAAUGUUUUUGCAGUAAACCGAAAUGUUCUGGGCGUGGCUGGCGGUGGCAGAAGCUUUCCUACCGUGCUUGUUCCUGUUCCUUUCACUGUCUGCACUGAAAGAUUUCAUUUCCCUUAUGGUCCUUUCCAGAAUGUGUACAAUAAUCAGCCUAUUUUUCAUGGUUAUGGUGGAGAUUGUUUUUUUGGCUACAAUUAUGGAACUCAUGGGUUAGGACCUGCAUUUACUAAUUAUAAUGUGCAAAUAAACCAAGCCACUCCUUUUGGUAAUGGUUACCAAUAUCGGUCAUUCUGA